UUUGACCAUGGCGGGGCAAGCAGUCCACUAGGUAUCGUCAUAAUCCAACAAUAACAGAGGCGAUAAAAUUUAAAUUUGCCGUCGCAUUCGAUCUGAUCUCAGUAUCUUCGAUAUAUCAGUGUGAGAAGAAGUAGACUUCAUUACGAAUAUUUUAUUACGGGGUUGUAGUUGUUGAAGUGACAGUGACAUGCGGUUACAAAUGUUUCUUUUCGGUAAUAUAUGUUUGCUUGGUUUAGUUAAUUUGGUUAGAGGGCAAAUUUCCGAAGGCACACCUUGUUUCACCUCACGGAAUGAAUAUGGUCUUUGCACGAACAUCUACGACUGCGAGGUCAUACUCAAUCUCGUUAAAACUCGAAGCCAAGACCCUGAAACCAGGCUCUAUCUCCAGGCUUCAACUUGUCUGCGAACCGAUAAGCUAGUGAUGGUGUGUUGUCCGCAAACAGCCAAUGUCAAAACCAUUGAUGACGAUAGAAAUUCAAAUGGUGACAACGAAAGCACAGAUGCAAUUUCUAGAAAUAAUGAUGUCAAGGAAAAGAAGGCACAGCUACUUAGUAAACCUGAUUGCGGUUUGAGUAAUGUGACGAAUGCAAGGGUUGUAGGAGGAACCCCUGCAAAACUUGGUGAAUUUCCUUUUAUUGUGGCUCUCGGCUACAGGAAUCCCAGUAAUCCCAAAGUGCCAAAAUGGCUUUGUGGCGGUACUCUCAUUAGCGACCGACAUAUUUUGACAGCUGCACAUUGCGUUUACAAUAGGAAAGAUUUGUAUUUGGCUCGUCUUGGAGAGCUUGAUCUCUUCAGUGAUGACGAUGGAGCAAACCCAGAAGAUAUUAGACUAAUCAAGGCAAAAGUUCACGAGAAUUAUAGCAAUGUUCAAUUUACCAAUGACAUUGCCAUAUUGACUUUGGAGCGGAAACCAACUAAUCGAUUUAGGGAGUAUACGAACUUACUAUUAUUAUAUUUUUCAGAUGGUCCUUCAAGUUCCACUCUGCAACUAGCUGAGAUUCCUGUAGUGAGCCAAGACCAUUGCAAGCGUGCCUUUGGAAAACAAACUGUAAUUGACGACAGAGUUCUUUGCGCUGGUUGGAUCAGUGGACUUAAAGACGCUUGUCAAGGAGACUCCGGGGGUCCACUAAUGUUCGGUAUGAGCGAAGGAAGGGAUUUGCGGUACUACCAAAUCGGAGUGGUGUCUUAUGGGUUCAGAUGUGCGGAAGCUGGAUAUCCUGGAGUGUACACCAGAGUUACGAACUUCAUCGACUGGAUUCAGAGGAAUAUGGACUAGUUGGUGGAAGUGCAGUGAAUUAUUGGACCGAAGUAUUGUGAGGUCGUUUGGAGCGUGUUUUUUUUUCCAUAGAUACGACCUUACUUGAAAAUGAACCAACAUGACGGCAUAUGCCAGUUACUCCAACUAUAAGGAAACAGAUUUCAAACAGUUCAGAAUGGUUUUCCUCACUGGAUAAAGAUUCAUAAAAGCUAGAUGAAUAACUUGGUAUAACUUCCAGAUAUCUAGGGCGUAAAUCAAGAGAACUUAUUCCCAUUCCCUAUAUUUCAAAAACAUAUCUCUCUUACUUUCAUUGUUUUCAAAAGUUUGUUCGUAAAAAGUAGUUUGUUAUC